AUGUCGACCACACAGGGAGGAGGAGACUCCAAGCUGUUCGCGAGGGGCAAAGUAGCCGAGCUACGCCUCGAGCUGAACAGCGGCAGCAAGAAGGACAAGAACUUUACCCAAAAGAAGAUUGCCCUGAAAAAGAUUGUCGCCAACAUGACCAUGAGCAACAAUGACAUGGUUGGCUUGUUCCCCGAUAUUGUCGCCUGCAUGGCCAUUCAGUCCCUGGAAAUCAAGAAGAUGUGCUUCUUAUAUCUGGUCAACUAUGCGAGGAUGAGGCCUGAUAUUGCGGUAAAAGCAAUCCCGGUUCUGGAGCAUGUAAGACAUGAAGAUCCAAACCCCCUUGUCCGCGCCCUCGCCCUACGGACCAUGUCCUAUAUCCACGUGCGAGAGUUUGUGGAGGCUACCGUGCCACUAGUCAAGCACCUUCUUCGCGACAUCGACCCCUAUGUCCGCAAGACGGCUGCUUUUUGCGUUGCCAAGCUUUACGACCAUGAUAGACACAUGGUUGAGGCUUCGGAUCUCAUCGACAGACUCAACAACCUCCUGAGGGACGACAACCCAACAGUGGUGGCCAGCGCUCUUGCAAGCUUGAUGGAUAUUUGGGAGAGAAGUGAUGCUAUCAAACUCACUAUCGACUACAGCAAUGCCUCCAAGAUGGUUGCCAUUCUGGCCGACUGCUCUGAAUGGGGCCAAACCUACAUCCUCGAGGCACUGAUGUCCUACGUCCCUCAAGAAUCCGGCGAAGCCCUUCUCCUAGCCGAGCGCAUCGCCCCACGCCUUUCACACUCCAACUCCUCGGUAGUCCUCACCUGUAUUCGCGUAAUCCUUUACCUCAUGAACUACAUCUCCGACCAAAAGCAAAUCUCCGCCCUCUGCCGAAAACUCUCUCCACCACUAGUCACCCUCCUAGCCAAGGGUCCAGAAGUGCAAUACCUCGCCCUGCGCAACGCGCUCCUCAUCCUCCAGCGCCGUCCCGAAGUGUUGCGGAACGACAUCCGCGUCUUCUUCUGCAAGUACAACGACCCCAUCUACGUCAAGGUCACCAAGCUGGAGCUUAUCUUCAUGCUCGCCAACGAGAAGAACAUCGACGAAGUCCUGACCGAACUGCGCGAGUACGCCACGGAAAUCGACGUCCACUUCGUCCGCAAGGCUGUCCGCGCCAUCGGCAAGCUGGCCAUUAAGAUUGAGCCGGCCGCCAAACGGUGCAUCAACCUGCUUUUGGAGUUAGUCUCCACGAAAGUCACUUACAUUGUGCAAGAAGCCACGGUCGUCAUCCGCAACAUCUUCCGCAAGUACCCGAACCAAUACGAGUCCAUCAUCGGCACCCUCUGCGAACAUCUCGACUCCCUCGACGAGCCCGAAGCCAAAGCAGCCAUGGUAUGGGUAAUAGGCCAAUACGCCUCUCGCAUCGAAAACAGCGACGCCCUCCUCGAAGACUUCCUGUACAGUUUCGCCGAGGAACCUGUCGAGGUACAACUCGCCCUGCUCACAGCAACAGUCAAACUCUUCAUCCAGCGCCCUACCAAAGGCCAAGAACUCGUCCCCAAGGUCCUAAAAUGGGCCACAGAAGAAACCGACAACCCGGACCUGCGCGACCGCGCCUACAUGUACUGGCGCUUACUGUCCACAGACAUGGAAUCGGCCAAGCGGAUCGUAAUGGGCGAGAAACCCGCCAUCACGGCCGAGAGCGAAAAACUUGACCCUGUUACCCUUGAAGAGAUGUGUUUGAACGUGGGAACCCUAGCCACCGUUUACCUGAAGCCCGUGCAUACGGUGUUCCGAAAUGCCAGGCCGAGGAAGCUACACGAUAGUCCGUGCUUGCAACGACCGGACUACCCUGAAGCUGUCCAACUACCCAACCCGAAGAGUCUUUCGCAGUUUAAUCAGGGACAGCAACCUUCUGAUUUCGAUCCUCGCGUACCUGGCUCUCGUCCCGCUCCCCCCAACAGCAACACUACCAAUACCCAAAGUCAAGGUAACCUAGCACAAGCAGUCCACGACGCAGACGCCUACUUCUCGCAGCAAGUAAGCCAGCAAGCAUCCCAGCAAGCGGCGGUUAAUGAUGCGGACGAGUACUUUGCGCAGCAGAUGAGGGGGAUGCAGAUACAGCAGCCUGGAGACAGUUUCGGUGGGGAUGCGGGCCAUGGAUAUGGUCAGGGGUAUGUGGUUAGUCAGAGCUCGGCGUAUCAGCCGGGUAUGGGAGGCAUGGGGGGGAUGAAUGGUAUGGGUGGUGGUAUGGGUAGUAUGAAUGGUGGCGGGAUGAAUGGUGGUGGGAUGAAUGGAGCGCAAGGGGAUUUGUUGCUUUGA